CUCCCUUAUUAUUUGACCGCUUAGAACAAUAAACAAAUCUUGGAUUGGGAUGAAUGUUAGACAUAAAAACAUAAAAGUCAUAACUUCAAUGUACCUACUGUUCAUUUGCUAUUUUGGAUCAGCAUGCUAUCAGCUUCCUUGCACUUUCAGCAUCUAAUUGGUGACUGCUGUGCGGCGCUAGCCGAGAAGAUUCUCCGGACAGGUGACUGCCGUACGGCGUAGCUAGGAAGAUUGUCCGGGAGACGGCGGUAUUCGCGAGACUGCCGUGCGGUGGUAGCUGAGAAGACUCCGCUGGGUGGUGGUGUUCGAAAGUUCACUGCCGUACGGCGCUAGCUAAGGAGAAUCACCGGUCAGGGGCGCUAGCUGAGACGACCCCCCAGUCAGCGUUGCUAGCUGAGACGACCCCCCAGUCAACGUCGCCGCCAUGUCCUCUGACGAGGCUGAGGACGCCAGCGUGCAUUCGGAUGCCGAGGAGCGUAUCCUCAGCACCGGCCUUCUCACCAUCCGUCUGGAGCGGCUCAUCAAACGGGUGCUCUCCUCGCCGCUGCAGCGCGAGUUCCUGACGCGCGCCGAGCUGCGCGUGCCCAAACACCUGGACAUGCGCGACAUGGGCCGCGCCGUCAUGGACAAGGUGAAUACCAUGGAUACGGAGCGUAUGAUCCAGCUGCUGAAGGAGGCCAUGUUCUGCCAGCUGCGCGCCGCCAGCGAGCGCGCCUCCUGGUACACGUUCGCUCUGCACGGCCAGGCGGUGGUGACAUCGCCGCGCGGACGGCGCAAGAUCGCGCGCCACAUCGAGCACGCGCUGGACGGCACGGCCGACGCACUGGUGGACCGCCUGCAGGAGGCCGUCUGGGUGGUGCUCUUCAGCCGGCACCAGCUGCAGGGGCUCAAGAGCGCGCGCCGGCACACGCCCGUCACGGCCACGGCGCUGGUCUGGUACCCCGGCGAGCCGGCGCUCUACUGCAGCCGACCGAAGCCGGCAGGUCGCCUGCUGGCGGCAGUCAGCGCCGGCCUCGGGUUCAGCGAGGCGCGCCCGUACCCGCUGUCGGGCCGCAAACUCUCCACCAUGCGACUCAUGUUCACGGCGAAGAAGAGCCGCAGGUUCCACGACUGCGAGCUACCGGCAGAUGAGUAUCCGCUGGAAAUGUAGCGGCGGUGUCGCGCCGGCCGCGGCUCAGAGCCGUGUGUGAGAGGACUGUGGUGCGCAGGGAUGUGUUUGGCGCCCCAGCAGCCAGCUUCGGCGCGUGGCGUGGCUUUAGUAACGGGCGCCAUUUCUGCCCCGGUGUUCGGCGCCAGCUCUCCUUUGUUUGGCGCAUUGCGAGGAUUGAGCUCCAUGCUGUAUUGUGUACGCGUCAGAUGUGUUUCGUUGUGUUAACGAAUCUGAAAUGCUGAGGACUGAUAGCACAUGGCCCGUUGCAUUUAACUGUACAGUUUCUAUGGGUGCCGCCUACACUUAUGCAAAUAACAAGGAUCUGCUUCCAAUAUACGUGUCUGGCAUUCUAGCGCAGGUUCUUAGGACUAACCUUCAUUCUGGUGUCUCGAACUGGAUGCUGUUCCCCUUCAAAGUUUCAUCGUGUGCCUUUGUCAAUGGUAUCUCGGCAUAAUAACAUGUGAAUGCGUGUAGAUAGUUUUACGCUGCGUCGGGCAUUCUGUGGCAUCGUUGUAAGAUGUCUGCCUUGGUUAUGCGUUAGUCAUCGCCUUCAUGAAAUGUAGACCUCGUAGAACAUUGUAAAGCUUCGUAAAAUGUGGAAUAUCCUUGGGGAUAUUUAUGAGAUUUUCCCUUUCCACUGCCAUUGAAUAAGUUCACUUUGAUGUGGUGUUCCGGUGAUUGUCUUAUCGCAUUUUCGACUCCAUGAACUAUGAAAGUUUGUCACGUUCGCGUCACCGAGCACCGCUUGUCAUGACUUUUGAGGUCGUGCAUUAUUGGGACAGUCUGCACUGUGGUCCGUUUGAAUUAAUUUGCCAAAAUACCGUUGCUGUCGUUUCGAGCGACAUCUGUAUAGUGCACAUGUUUGAAUGUAAUAAAUGCCUUGUUUGCGA